UAACGUGUUUCAUUCCGGAAAACAGGUAAGGGCGUGGCGAUCAGUCCAGGAGUAAACAGAGUCGUCCUGCUACAGUAUGUUUAUAUCUAGGACGAGUUAAGAAAUGGCUCUGACUCAAGAAGCGAUUUUAAACACAUUAUUAGAAGGCAGAGGAAAGGUGAAAAACUCCGAGCUGCUGAGCAAGUUCAAAGAUCGACUGAACUGCAGUGAUCCGGCAGAGAAGAAGCAGAACCGAGAUCUCUUCAAGACGUUUGUCAACAACGUUGGCGUUGUUAAAGAAUUCCAGGAUACCAAGUAUAUAGUCCUAAAGAAAGUAUACCAUCACCUACUUGAAGCCUCAAACAAUGAGAACAAACAAAGAGAAGAUAAUGAUCAUGAAGGUGGAUCACAUCCAGAGGAAGAUGAGAAGGAACAAAAUGGAGAAGGUAAGAAGUCACUGAGCACUGAGGCUUCAGACGGCACCGCAGAACUUUCUCCCAUAGAAGUUGCCUUGGAAAGAAGCAAGAAUGUGGACUUUAAACCUAAAAAGUCUUUAAAUUUCAUUGUACCGCUUAAGUCUGACCCUGACUACUCUGAUGACAAACAUGGAGCGGCCAAGACAAACAAACCAUUUGCGCUACCAUUACGAAUGCCCCAAACUGACAUCAGCCAGCAUCACAAGAAGAAGCUGUCCACUGCUGACUCUAAGAGAACGUCUAUAGAUGGUGUGACCCGCACUAGAUACUUCAAGACCCCGAAACAGGCGGAUGAGCCAAAGUACAACUCACACCAUUGCCCGCUUGACCCCGCGGAGCACGAGUGGAUGGUAAAGUCCGCGGCUGGACAGUGGAGUCAAGUGUACGGCCUUCUGUUGAAGGACGCUGAGCUCGCGGAGAAGAAAGACUUCAUGUCUGGGUUCACGGCCCUACACUGGGCCGUCAAGUGUGGAAACAUUGACAUGGUCUGUAUGAUUAUUGAGGUGUCUAGGAAGAACGGUCAUGGGGUGGACGUUGACGCCAAGUCCAAUGGCGGCUACACGCCACUACACAUCGCCGCCAUCCACAAUCACGACUCUCUAAUUGAACUUCUAGUCCAAAAGUAUUGCGCCAAUGGGAAUCUAAGGGACAACUGCGGUAAGAAACCCUACCACUAUCUGCGCAAAGGGGUUUCGAGACAGCUGAGGGAGCUUCUUGGAGACCCAAAAGCCGUCCAGCAGGAGGUUCAUCAGGUCAGGGAGGACGGUGACCCGCAUAGAUACCCUAAAAGUCGUCUCUUCCCGACUCAUCCGGUGGGGAUCAAGAAAAAGAACAAGGGGAGAAUCCAGUUCAUGUCUUUGGCUGAAGACGUCAGAGCUGAGAGGGAAGAGCCGGCGUCGCAUAAACAGAGGCUGGUGUCAGACGUCUUUCCAUAACCGAAAAAAAAGAAUAUUAAUGUGAAUCAGCCUUUAUCUGAGAUUCCAGAAGAAUUGUGAACUUCCAAAGAAUUCUGUUCUUAUUCCGGCUAUCAAUGAUGACUAUUCUAACCAUUAACCCUUGUGCGUCCUUAUGGACAUUUUUGACUUUUUCAGUUUUGUUUUUUUUGAUAAUUUUGCCUGUGUUAAUGCCAACUGCAUGAAGUUUGGCGCAGGUGUGUAUUUUUAUUGGAAUUUUACUAUUUCACCCUCAUUUCCUAUAAAAAAUCUAUUUUACACUAGUAACACAGAAUAGUUCCUCUCAGGACCUUUUGGACAAAAACGUCCCCAUUGAAACCCAUUAAAAGUGCAAUUUUUAAUCCCAGGGCCAUUUAACUAUAAAACGACACAAUCUUUGUUAAUAGGCUUUCAUUUUGUUGGCAAGGCUUCAAAAUUUAACUUUUUACUAUUUUUUUUACCAUUUUGUCAGGUUUGGCCUAUAAAGCAAACACUCGCUUUAUUCUUUUUUUCUGCUUAUGCGUAUUAUGAGUCAAUUGGAUAAAUUAUGCAGCUUUAAUUGUGUGGGUGUGUUGGUGUGGAUGUCAGAGUGUGGUUUGUAUGUGUGUGUAAUAAAAAAAUUGUGUGUGUGUGCGUGUAACGUUUGAGUGAGGAAAAACAAACAAAAUCUUACUGAAAGCUCAUUUUUUGAGAUACCAACCUCAAAUUUGGAAUACAACGUAUUUAGAUUUAUGGCUUUCAUUUUCUAGAAGUUUUAGAGUUAUAUUUUAUAUAAAAUAUUGUUCAUAAAUUAUUUUCAUAAACUUAAAUCUCUAUAACUUUUUUUUUUUGUUUCACUUUUUAAACUUUUUUUCUGCCAAGGUACUUUAAAAUGAGCUCAAACUUAAGUUUGUGCUCCCAAGCUUCAAAUUUUUAUGACAGUUUUUUGACACAGACAUUUUUGUCCUCUAUAAUGGACCUAUGUGUAUAUUUUUUUAAUUGACGCACAAGGGUUAAAGAAAUUAUUACUUUUAUUCAGCAAGAACGCGUUAAAUUGAUCAAAAGUGACAAUAAAUAAAUGAACUUUCUCUUCAUCACAGUUUCCAUAAAAAUAACUGUUUUCAACAUUGAUAAUAAUAUUGAUAAAUAAUCAGCAUAUUAGAAUGAUUUCUGAAGGGUCAUGUGACUGGAAUAAAUUUAAAAUGUAUUUAAAUAUAAAACAGUUCUUUUGAAUGGUAAUCAUAUUUCACAAUAUUAUGGUUUUACUGUAUUUGUGAUCAAAUAAAUGCAGCCUUGAUGAGCAGAAGAGGC